CACAGCAGAGUGGUUUGUUUUGUUUGUUACUGUAAAAGGCUAGGAGAAUCAUUAAGGAUCCUAAGCACCUGGAUAUCAGCCUUUUCUCCCCGCUGCCAUCCAGAAACAGCAGGAGGCCCAGGAAGAGCUUUAACCCUCGUGCCACUAGAAUUAACAAUGUAUAGUAGCAAUGCAUUACACUAUACUUGUUCUUUUAUGAUAUCAUAUGUGACAAAUGGUGAACUGAAUGGAAUGUUAAAUCUUUCCGGGUAAGGUUACAAGCAGUUAAAGCUGUCAAAAAUACUUUAAAUGUGUGGGGGCUAUUGUGGGCUAAUGCUAACUGGAGGGCAAGGUAGAUACCCUAGUUUAGCUGGUUACCGUGGUAACGUUAGCAGCCUAGCUUUCCUUUGGUCUAGUGCGCAUGUCAGAGUGUCACUCCGUGUAACUUCACUGACAGGUGUAGACGGUGUUUCGGUUAAAUGAGUGACCCUGUUAUCUGGGGACAUUGAGCCGAGCGGGUCUGUGUGUGUUUGUUGAAAACAGAAAGUGAAUACAAACAGUUAUUUGUUUUUUUUUUAGUUUUGUAACGUUAAUUAAAAACGGUCUCUAGUUAAACCGAAACACUGGAAGUGACAUUUAACACACAUAAAAACCAUAAAAGCUGUCGAGUACACCAUUUCCCACCAGACAGACAGUCUGUGUAGUAUGUUUCAGUGCGUUACAUAAGCCUGUGUCAGCACACGGACACAUUUCAGUGAGGUCUCUGUGUCUGUGUGUUACAGCUGUUCGUCUGCUCUACAUCUGUAAGUUGGUCAGGAUGGUUGCCUUUUCCAGAGAAUAUGGAUAUGUGGUGUUAACUGGCACUGCUGGUGUAAUGAUGGUUGCACAUCUGGCCGGGAAGGUUUUCAAAGCCCGCGAGAAGUACAUUGUGCAGUACCCUAAGAUGUACAGUGACGACCCAGAAUCUGGACAUCUAUUUAACUGCAUCCAGCGUGCACACCAGAACACCCUGGAGAUGUUCCCCUCCUUUCUGUUCUGCCUGGUCUCUAGUGGUGUACAUUAUCCGCGUCUCGCCAGUGGACUUGGAGUUGUUUGGAUAAUUAGCAGAGAGGUGUACGCACAUGGGUACUCAACAGGAGAACUGUUGGCCUGAAAACCAACUUUGCUGCAGUCUAGGUACACAAGGUGAGCGCAAGCGGCGCCAGCUCCGCGAUGCGGUUGUAGGAGAUGAUGAGCUGCCGCGUUGCCAGCGGCAAGUUGACCAGCACAUUGAACCACCAACUGGUCAUCACACACACACCUGUCCGGGCAACAGGUACAGGUGAGAAGAGCCGGGUUGCACGCUUGGCUGCGGGCUAAGAUGCAUCACACCGCCGAGGGCUUCAUCCACCCCGUUUAGAGAGAGUCAGAUGCAGUCACAUUCUUCACUGAUACAUCCUCCCCUGGUUGUUUGCCCCAGAAAUUAUAUCCACAGAGGUCAGACCUAACACUUGCCCGUGGCAACCUCUUGCACAUAAUGUCUCUGGAUCCGGCGUACAUCCACUGUCUGGAAUCUGACAACAAGGAUGCCUUCUGCUGUUUCAGAUUUCUCGGAUUCAUGUUUUCCUCGUCAGAACACAUCUAUUCACACGUUGUAAACUCUCAUUGUGCACGGCGUUGCAAUGAUAACGGUAAGUUCUUCCAGAACAUGUUUGCCAUGGUCUCGCUUUCCGAAACUGAAUCCAAAUGAGAGGGACGCACUGAACUGCGCGUGGAGCCUCAGCGUAUGGAGGUGGAACAAAAAGCAGGUCAGAUCACACAGGUUUUUAGGCUUUCGAAACAAGAAAGUGGGUCAAUGAUAGUGUGUUGAGAGGGGGGUCCAUUAUCAUCUACACACAGACCUAUAUGUGCAAUACAGUUAUAAUCCCCCAAUUCAAAGAGUGCACAGUCAGCAGAUGAUCGGACAAGAUGAGAUGGGACAAGGUGGUCUCUGGCAGCAGUUGUUUUUCUCCUCUCUCCAGUCUCAGUACGAGUCCUCCUGAAUCUAUUCUUGGCUCUCUGUGUAGGUGUUGAAGUGCUGAAUCAGACUCAGCAUGAUGGAGGAGGAGGAGGACAGAUGUGCUGUUGACAGUCCGUGAAAGGAACCACCCCAGUCAACAGCCUGCUGCAAACUGACCACCCCUUUUUGUCUCAGACACUCAUCCACAAAGUCAAGUUUCCUGUUUGUAUUCCUGGCUGUCAGAAAUAGAGCAGGAGGUCGAUAAUCAUGUAAAAACCUAAUGCUUUUUCACACUUGCCUUACUGUGGACUGAACUAAUCCACACAGCUGUUUGGUGUCAAAGAUAUUCAGUGACUUUAUGAGGGCAUCUAGUGACGAAUACUUGCUAAUACAACUGUCUUCUUAUAUAGUUGAUGCUUGAUUUGAAGCUUGACUGAUAAUUAAGUGUAGAUGUGUGGGUAUGUACACUACUCACAAAAAGUUAGGGAUAUUCGGCUUUUGGAUGAAACCUAAAAUGCACUAUAACCAUUACAUGUGAACCAAAUCUUCUCUAAACUUUAAAUGCAUAUGUCCAACUCUUUAGUGUUUCAGUAAUUAUUCCAUAACAUGCAGUUCUCUAAGUGUCUGAUCCCAUAAAUCGACCACUUAAUGUUCUAGUUCAAUGACAAUUUGUAUCAUGCUUCAUCAUGCUGUUCAUAUUUUGACAUCAUGAGACCAAGAUGACACCUAAUAAUCGAUCAACAGUACCUGGCCAUUGCGAGCCUUCAAACGGGAUGUACUCAAAGGGAAGUUGCCACUGAGAUUAGAGUGUCAGAGAGUGUCAUCAUCAGGUUGAAUAAGUCGACGUGAACAGCAUGAGACACCGCUGUCAAGCUGCAAUUGAUGCUCAAAGACACAUGACAAGUUACUGAGACAUUGACACUUUCUGUUGUGGUAUA